AUGUUAAGCUACCCACUGGACAGUGACACAGCGAUAACUGUUGUAGCAAUACCAAACUCGGUAAUCAAUAAUGUAAUUUUCCGUACUGACUGUCAUCCAGACGCAAAUUCCAGUCAAACGACAUGUGAAGCACGUGGUUGUAUCUGGGAUUCCGAUGUUGCAAAUUCCACAUUCGGUAUUGUUGCCUGUUACGUACCGAAAUCAAAAGGUGGUUACUAUUUGUACAAUCAAACUUCACUUGCAAAUAGUAUGGGCAUGUCAUAUACACUCAGUCGUCUGUCCACAGAUCCUACCACAAGUGAAAAUGAAACGGACAUAGCUUCUACUAGUGAUGAAUUUUCAUUAUUCAACAAUGAUACAGAGCAGCUGAAUGUUUCAGUAACGGUGAGUGGUACAAACAUGAUAAGAAUGAAAAUAACAGAUGCUAACAUGGACAAUCAACGUUAUGAAGUGCCUGUUCCAAUAACAUGGAGUGCCACCACUAGUCAGUCACAACAGCAGAAACUUCGUUUUGAACUAACCCAAACUCAGUACAAUCAAACUGGUUUACGUGUGAGGCGACAGAUCGGCAGUACGAGCUCUGGCAAUGAUCCAAUUUUAUUUGAUACAACUUAUUUCGCCGAAGGAUUUAUCUACGAUAAUCAGUUUCUACAGAUAAUUACAACAUUUCCAUCGAACAAUGUUUAUGGUUUUGGUGAGAACACACACCCCUCGUUUCGACACAAUUUGACCAAUGGUAUUCGUUAUGGAAUUUUUGCACGUGAUCAACCGCCACAGGGUCAAAAUGAAAAUCUCUAUGGUACACAUCCGUUUUACAUGUGUAUUGAAGACGAUGGUAACGCCUUCGGUGUUUUGAUAUUCAACUCAAAUGCACAAGACUACGAAUUUUCACAGUUCAGUGCUACGCAAGCUCUACUAACCUAUCGUACAAUUGGUGGUAUCCUAGAUCUCUUCUUUUUUGCUGGGCCAACGCCGGAAGAAGUAAUACAGCAGUAUCAAAUGGUUAUCGGGAAACCCUACAUGCCGCCGUACUGGGGUUUGGGAUUUCAGCUCUGUCGUUACGGUUAUAAUUCCUUGGCUAAUAUGGUGGCUGCAUGGAAUCGUACAAUUUCAAACGGGAUUCCGCAGGAUGUGCAAUGGGGCGAUAUCGAUACCUUUGACAAUCAAACAGAUUUCACAUACGAUCCAGUGAAUUAUACCAAUCUUCCCCAGUUUAUUGAUCAUUUGCACAACAUCGGAAUGAAAUUUGUUACGAUCUUAGAUCCAGCUAUAGAUUCACAGCAUCCGAACUACAGUGCUUUCGUACUUGGAGAACAGCAGAAUAUCUGGAUUAAAUGGCCGGUAGAUGAAAAUUUGCAAUUUAAUGAAACUGGAAAUCAGAAUAUGUUAGGAUAUGUCUGGCCGCCAGGUAAAGCUGUAUUUCCUGACUUCUUCUACCCUCCUACAAAAUCAUGGUGGCUGAACCAGAUUGUAACAUGGCACAAUACACUAAAUUUCGAUGCAAUUUGGAUCGAUAUGCCGUGGAAUUGGCCCUACAGUACUCCUUGGAGCUUACACUGUCCAACUGACGAGCAAUGGGAUGCACCACCCUACCAUCCUGCGAUCUGGGGUGAUGUGAUGUCAGACAAAACUAUCUGUAUGCUGGCACUGCAGACAGAUGGUAACACAACGUAUCGUCACUACGAUAUCCACAGUCUCUUUGGUUGGUCGGAAACCAUAGCUACGCUGCCGGCGGCACGCGCUUUGUCUCCGGGACGACGUUCAUUCGUCCUAAGUCGUUCAACGUUUCCAUCCUCUGGCGUGUACGCAGGUCACUGGACGGGCGAUAAUUCAGCUCUUUGGCCGUUUAUCAAGUACAAUAUUAUCGGCUUGUUGGAAUUCAACUUAUUUGGAAUACCCUACAUUGGUGCUGAUAUCUGCGGUUUCAAUUUAAAUACGACGGAGGAGUUGUGUCAACGGUGGAUGCAAUUAGGUGCAUUCAACCCGUUCUUCCGUAACCACAACUCCGUUGGACUGAUCGAUCAAGAUCCUGGUGUCUUCUCACCUUCAGUCAUCGCCAGUAAUCGUAAAGCUGUAAUCUUACGUUACACGCUGAUACCAUAUCUGUACACUUUAUUCUACAACGUCCAUGUCAACGGCGGCACAGUUGUUCGUUCAAUGGCACAUGAGUAUUCUCAGGAUUCAAACUGUUGGGGUUUAGAUGAACAGUUUCUUUGGGGUUCAUCCCUCCUGAUUGCACCGGUGAUCUAUGAAAGUCAAACUACGAAGAAUUUGUAUUUACCACUGUCGCCAGUACGAUGGUACGAUUACUAUACGGGACAGGAACAGACAACGUUGGGAAAUAUUACGGUAGCCGCACCACUGGAUUAUAUGCCGCUGUUUGUCAAAGGCGGCUCAAUAAUUCCAAUACAACAGUAUGCUCUGAACACAAAUCUCUCACGUCAGAAUCCAAUGUCGUUGCUCGUAGCACUGGACCAGAAUCAAACAGCUGGCGGAAGUCUGUUCUGGGAUGAUGGUGACUCAGUUGAUACGUAUGAAAAUCAAAAUUACAACUUGUUUCAGUUUAAUUAUACGAGUAACAACACAAUUACAAUCACAGCAGUAGCCUAUCACUAUCAAACACCAUUGGUACUGGAUCAAAUACAAGUCUAUGGGUUAACUGCACAGCCCACUCAGAUUAUGCUGAUGAAGAGUAAUUCAACUACGAUAAAUAUGACGACCAUUCCCGGCCGCACCAGUGGUGACUUCUAUUAA